CCGGCCUGCACUGGCCGCCAGCCACCGAGAGGAGGAGCAGAGGAUCCUCGGAGCGCAAUAAAACGGCGGCUCGGCCCGAGCCCGCAGCAAACACAGCCAUAGAAGGCAGCGGAGGAGCCGAGCCGGGCUGCGCUCGCUCGCCGCCCCCCAGCCUCUUUCUUCUCCGCCGGGUGCACUGCCCUGCGCCGUCCCCUCGCCGCUGCGCCCCUUGACAAAGAGGACAGAAAGUUUGCGCGGGGGAGCGGGCCAGGUGAGGAGGGGCGUGCCCGGCGCCCCAGUCCGCGCCCCAGCAGCCGGACCCAGGCCCCCAGCGCGCCCGCCAUGGGCGCCGCGGCCCGCAGCCUCCGGCUGGCGCUCGGCCUCCUGCUGCUAGCCACGCUGCUGCGCCCGGCCGACGCCUGCAGCUGCUCCCCGGUGCACCCGCAACAGGCGUUUUGCAAUGCAGACGUAGUGAUCAGAGCCAAAGCAGUGAGCGAGAAGGAGGUGGAUUCCGGGAAUGACAUCUAUGGCAACCCCAUCAAGAGGAUUCAGUAUGAGAUCAAGCAGAUAAAGAUGUUCAAAGGACCUGACAAAGACAUCGAGUUUAUCUACACGGCCCCCUCUUCAGCAGUGUGCGGGGUCUCGCUGGACGUUGGAGGAAAGAAGGAGUAUCUAAUUGCAGGAAAGGCAGAAGGAGAUGGCAAGAUGCACAUUACCCUCUGUGACUUCAUUGUGCCCUGGGACACGCUUAGCAUCACCCAGAAGAAGAGCCUGAACCACAGGUACCAGAUGGGCUGUGAGUGCAAGAUCACUCGCUGUCCCAUGAUCCCUUGCUACAUCUCCUCCCCGGAUGAGUGCCUCUGGAUGGACUGGGUCACAGAGAAGAGCAUCAAUGGGCACCAGGCCAAGUUCUUCGCCUGCAUCAAGAGAAGUGAUGGUUCUUGCGCGUGGUACCGCGGGGCGGCACCCCCCAAGCAAGAGUUUCUUGACAUCGAGGACCCGUAAGAAGGCUGACAGAGCCCCUGUGGCCAAUUGAAAAGCCUCUGAGGGUUUAGACUGGUCCAGCUUUGACAUCCCUUCCUGGAAACAGCAUGAAUAAAACAUCAAUCAUCCAAGUGGGUUCACGCUAGUGUGAUUCUGCCCCCUCCCCUAUUUUCCCUAGACAUGGUAGUGGGUCUGGAGGGACAGGCGGGCCAGGUUCCCUGCCAUACCCCUUCCCUCUGCCAGCCUGAGCACUGUGUGUCUCAGUCUUUGAUCCUUGCUACAGGCAGGAGUGGAGCACAGACUUGUUACCAGGUCUCUCUGGCACUGUCACAUGCAGCAGACAGGCAGCAUUAAGGGUACCCUAGCUCUGUUAGGGCAGAGCCUGGGAAUGUGCAUUUUGCAGAAACUCUUGAAGGUUGUUGUAAGACUGUGUAGCCGGCCUACCAGGUCCUUUUCAUCCUGAGAGUGACAUGUCCCUCGUUUUCUGCAGUGGCCACCUCUCUCUCUGGCCCUUGCAAAUGCUUCCCAUCCCUCCUGCAUCUGGUAUGGACUUUCAGGACCCUGGUCUCCCUCGGGUCUAAGAAUCACCCUCCAACCAGUGGUUCAUUUUUCUAGGAGUCCCAGUCAGCCCCAUGAAUCCACAGACUUCAGCGAAUGGAAGCCCUCCCUGAGCCGUGUUUCUGGCUUCAACCAAGUCAUUGCUGCCUUCCUCUCCCCUGUCUCUACACACACCCUCAGUGGGGUCUGUGAGGUCUCAUGCUGGGGGCAGGGAUCUGUGGUGAGGGGUGCUUGGCAGUCCUUGUUGCCACUCUCAAGCUUCCCAAGCCAUUCUUCACCCCUUUCCAAGCAAGCUUCAAGCAUCCAGGCUGAGCAGCACGGCUCGGUUUGGCUCUCUGUCGCAUCAGGCCCUGCCGCUGUUGGGGGGCGCUACCAGCACUCCCUCUUUUGCACAAACUGAUGAUAUAAAAGGCCAGUCCUAGGCACCUAGGAAAAGUCUAGUGAACUCUCCCUGCUAGAUCAGCGGUCAUUAUGACCCUGUUGAUUUCUGUGUCAGUAACUAAGCACGCAGCAGGGGAGACUUUGCGGUGGGCAGUUCUUCGUACCAAGCCCCCCCCCCCAAGGAUGCUGUGGCUUGUUUUCAGAUCCAUCUCAUUUUCCUAAAGGUGAAUUCUCAUGCAUGGCUGAGAGACAUGUGUAUGCAGCUCUGCUUCUGUCUCUUAAUGUCGCUUAAGGCCCUUAUAGGGAACUGGUAUAUCUACUUGCUCCUUAAAGCAAUUUUCUUUCUGAUGCCAAUAGGAUGGGGGUUAAGACAGGCAGAGCUUUAUCACUAACAAUAUAGACAGCCACUCUUCCUUCUGCCUGCGUCUUAAAAAAUAAGCUGUCCCAAGGACACAAAUGUAUAUUAUCCAUACAUGCACGCAUAUGCUCACACACAAACUCAGACUCUGAAGUCUGGUAGCCUGUGAAUGUUCCUUUUGUAAAAUGCUUCCAAAAGCCUCUUUGCUCCAACCCUGUCCUAACCAUCAGAAACCCCAAAGAAACGGUUAAGGACUCCCCCUCAGACUCUCCCUACCCAAGCCCCUACACCAGGACCUGGCCAGUCCUUUUAAGACAGACUGGGAGGACACACAGGAGUCAGCCUGCCCCUUCUGAGGGCAUUUUCGUGUUGUGCAGUGAUGUUCUUCCUUGGAUGCUGGCCUGGACCAGCCAACGAGACCCUGCAGUCUAUCCCGCCCUGCCUGUUUGCUUCCUGUGCGGUGGUAUCAAUAUGUAACAGUGCCUGUUUCUGCUGAUUUCAUGACAUGUUCUGGUUUGUUUCUGAUGUUCGCCGUGAGCGUUCUUGUGCCGUGUUGAUGCCUUUCGUAGCAUUAGACUUUGCACUUUUAAAAAAAAAAAAAACAAAAAUGUUGAAGCAUCGAGGAAGCAUCGAACCCAGAGUGGAAUGCAUGGUAUGGUAGCUGGCCUGGGACAGAGGGACCCUUUCUCAUCUUCCUUUGAGUUCUUUGACUAUCUGCUUUUCCAGCCUCUCCCGUCUUUUGUAUCUGGUUCAAAUUAUUAUAAAGGAAAGACCCUCUGAGUAUACCGGUUCUGAAAGACGGCCUUUCUGUUUUCCACUCAUGCUGGGGUUUCUAGCCACACCAGGCAGAUGAGAGGAAACCGAGCGAGCAAACGAACCUUUGGGACAAAGUGCCAGAUGGCAGCUGAGCAACAGCCACUCAAAUGCCUUCCCAGCAAACCAAUUGCAAUAUAUAGUUUAAGGUGUUGUUUUACUUCUGUUAUAUUCUAAGCCCUGGGCCUCCCUCCCUUACUCCCGUCAUGCCAGCAACUCGCAAUAUUUCAGAUGACGUUUACAUGGUAGCAAUUUCCAAAUCGCUGCCUGAUGCGUAUUAAGACAUAUCCGUGGGCUUGCUGCAUAACUCAACGCUUUGUUGAUUUUGUUUCUGUUUGAACUCUUGGUUGUAGGGGGGGAGGGGUGGAACCCCAUGUGCGUGCUGGAAUAUGAAGUCUGAGAUGUACCCCCCAACACCCCACGCUGGCGAUACGUGAGAGUUGUUGAAAGUCAGCAAGCCGAGCGCGCCUGAUGCUCUGUAUCAGUCUCUACUUUUAUUUUUAUGAGUUUGCUCUGUCAAUGGACAAUAAACCAUAUUAUCAAAGAGAA